UUCUUUCUCAGGUGUAGUCAGUGCGCCUCAUAUCACCGGUGGAGCAGAGGAGCUGAGCAUUGCGCAGAGCAUGUAGUCGAAAGUACAGCAGACUGCGUGGAGCUGAAGUUUGAGUCCGCUUUGGAUCUGUGUGACAUUUUUACAACAUUUGGAGCUGCACGUCGACACUAAACUAGUUUGGAGCUAAAUGACAAGUAGACAGAGACGCAGAAACAGUCAGUGAUACGCGAUGGAGAGCAAGGGAUUACUUCGCUGUAAGAUUGUGGUGGUCGGCGAUGCGCAGUGUGGCAAGACGGCUCUCCUUCACGUUUUUGCCAAAGACUCGUACCCAGAGAACUAUGUUCCCACGGUGUUUGAGAAUUACACAGCCAGCUUCGAGAUCGACAAACAGAGGAUCGAGCUCAACAUGUGGGACACUUCAGGUUCAGCCUACUAUGACAAUGUGCGGCCGUUGGCUUAUCCUGACUCAGACGCUGUGCUCAUCUGCUUUGACAUCAGCCGUCCAGAGACACUGGACAGUGUGCUGAAAAAGUGGCAGGGUGAGACGCAGGAGUUCUGUCCCAAUGCCAAAGUGGUGCUGGUUGGCUGCAAGUUGGACAUGAGGACGGACCUCAACGUCUUGAGAGAGCUUUCCAAACACAGACUCAUUCCCGUCACCCACGAACAGGGUACUAAUUUGGCGAGGCAGAUCGGUGCCGUGGCCUACGCGGAGUGCACCUCAAAGUAUUCUGAGAACAGCGUCCGUGACGUUUUCCACGUCACCACCCUGUCGUCCGUGUCCCACAUCCAUCGACCUCAGCUCAAACGUGCAGGCUCACGUCGCGGCCUCAAGCGGGUCUCCCAGCAGCCGCCCCGGACUGAGAUUCAUGAGCACCCACCCGCCAUUAGAAAGGACCGGGCCAAAAGCUGCGUGCUCAUGUAGGACCGGAGUCUACCAGCACCCUUACCUUGACCUGUGUGUGCUGAUGAUGGACGUGAAAACCAUACUGCACAUGAACUUAAUUUAUUGGUGAAUUCUUGUCAGAUCUUUGCACUGCAUUAAGGACGAUAUAAUGAAAACAAGAAGGAAUGCUAUCCUGUGGAGUGUCUUUCAGGAAUUGUUUGUCUAUCUUUAGCAAAUCUCUCCUUGUUAUUUAUCUCUGUGGCUGUGUUCUCAUCAGGGGGACGUCAUUGUUGUGGCAAAAGCUAUUUUUCCUUUAACGCUUUUACUUGAACAAGUGGACAAAAAUGGUCAUGGAUGCAAACAGGCUUGUUAGCAAAUGAAAUACAAGGAGAUUAAAACAAAAAAAGUAAUAAUUGGAAAGAUCACCUUGCAGGAACCAGCAGUAGCAGUGCUGGUCUUGACCUCUAUUGUGUUGUUUCCAGUUUUAAAAUGCUCUUCUCUUUAAGUGUUUAGGUAAAUGAAGCACAAUACGAUGCACGCAAAAUGUUCAGUCAUUUGCAAAUGCCGGGGGGGAAUGAACUCUGCUGUUCCAUUUCAUAUGACAAGUUGAAAAGAAAAUCUGGACAGACAAAACAAACUCGUGGGCUGAGAUGACACUAAUUUUCUUAAACCACAAGUGCUUUUAACAUUGAAAUUUGAAUAAUCACUCACCACGUAAUACUGAAGUGUUGUGAAAUUAAUAUUGUUCUAAUAAUCCAUGCCGGGAGGGAAAGUCACAGAGAGAGAGUAAAAGAGGGUGACUGUUACAGUAUGUUGUACAUGUGUUAAUGAAAUAAAUAAAUAAACUUGCUCUGCUGAGUGU